GCUUUUUUCUUUUCGGGACCUUCGAAUCUAUUCUCUCGUUUCAUGCUUCGUCCGAAUCUAGGAGAUCAAGGACUUGAAUUAGGGUUUCUGCUAACGCAUCAUAAAACCAUGAAUCCAUGGCCGUAUCUCUGAUUCAUCAGCAAUCUCUUCUCCUGUUUGUUUGAACAGAAGGGAUGCCUUUAAGGUAAAAGGGUCUUGAAAAAGAGGGGGAAAAUGGACUCUGCAAGAAGCUGGUUUCAUAAGUUUCAGCCACGGGACAAGUUCCGGAAAAAGGACAUGUUCACCGGAAGUACGUACGGAACCACCGGACCGAAUGAAGAGUCGACGGCACCGACCACGUCUACGAUGGCAAACCCGCCAAAACCAGAAGGUGAGUUACUCUCCAAGGCCACCAAACAGAAAGUUGCUGCAGCAAAGCAGUACAUUGAGAAUCACUACAAGGAACAGAUGAAGAUUCUUCAAGAGAGGAAAGAGAGGAGAAAAAUGCUGGAGGAGAAGCUUGCAGAUGCAGAUGUAUCAGAAGAAGAUCAGAACAAUCUGCUGAAGUUUCUGGAGAAGAAGGAGACUGAGUACAUGAGACUUCAAAGGCAUAAGAUGGGUGCCGAUGAUUUCGAGCUGCUCACAAUGAUCGGAAAGGGCGCCUUCGGAGAGGUUAGGGUUUGCAGAGAGAAGACGACUGGCCAUGUCUACGCAAUGAAGAAACUCAAGAAAUCAGAGAUGCUUCGUCGAGGACAGGUAGAGCAUGUGAAAGCAGAGAGAAAUCUGUUGGCCGAAGUCGACAGCAACUGUAUUGUGAAGCUUUACUGUUCUUUUCAAGACGACGACUAUCUUUACCUUAUAAUGGAGUAUCUUCCCGGCGGUGAUAUGAUGACUCUUCUCAUGCGUAAAGAUACUCUGUCCGAAUCCGAAUCGAAAUUUUACGUUGCAGAGGUGGUUUUAGCCGUCGAAUCUAUCCACAAACGCAAUUAUAUCCACAGGGACAUAAAGCCGGAUAACUUGUUGCUUGAUCGGUAUGGACAUCUAAGGUUGUCGGAUUUCGGACUGUGCAAGCCGUUGGAUUGCAGUGCCAUCGAAGAACAAGAUUUCUCCAAUGGAGGAAACGCUUCUAAUGGAGCUACCGAGAGCGAUGAGAACAGUUUCACUCCUAAGCGUUCACAGCAAGAACAGCUUCAGCAUUGGCAGAAGAACAGAAGAAUGCUCGCCUAUUCUACCGUUGGUACACCCGAUUACAUCGCCCCGGAAGUGUUGUUAAAGAAAGGAUAUGGCAUGGAGUGUGAUUGGUGGUCUCUCGGAGCUAUAAUGUACGAGAUGCUUGUCGGAUAUCCACCAUUUUACUCCGAUGAUCCCAUGUCGACUUGUAGAAAGAUAGUUAACUGGAGAACACAUUUGAAGUUUCCCGAAGAAGCGAAACUGUCACCGGAGGCGAAGGAUCUCAUUAGCAAGCUCUUAUGCAAUGUCAACCAGAGGCUCGGCUCUGGAGGCGCUGAUGAGAUCAAGGCUCAUCCAUGGUUCAAUGGCAUGGAAUGGGACAAGAUUUACCAAAUGGAAGCCGUGUUUAUUCCCGAGGUUAACGAUGAUUUGGAUACUCAAAACUUCGAGAAAUUCGACGAGGCAGAUGCACAGACUCAGGCACCUCCUAAAACAGGGCCAUGGAGGAAGAUGCUUUCUUCAAAAGACAUCAACUUUGUAGGUUACACUUACAAGAAUUUCGAAAUCAUCAAUGACUACCAAGUUCCUGGGAUUGCUGAGUUGAAGAAGAAAGAGUCUAAGACGAAGAGGCCAUCAGUGAAGUCACUCUUCGAGAGCGAAUCGGGGUCGUCGUCUUCGGAGGAGGUGGCUGAGUCGGGUCCGUACUGCGUCUAUAGAAGCUUCUCGAAUCCGUCGCACCGUCAGCUCGAAGCGAACCGGAGACGGCAAGAGUCUGACUAUUGACUGAAUCAUGUAACCAAACAAAAUUAAAACCAAAUGUGCAGAUAACCGAACUUAACCGAACCAAACCGGGUUCGGGUCCUGCUUUUUGUCUUUUGCUUUUUUUUUUUUUCCUUCUCUCGCUUCCCCCUAAAUAUAUGUAUAAUUCUUUAUGUCAAAAGAAAAGAAUGAAAAGAAUUCAAACUUUUAUGUU